GCUAAAUACAAAUAUUUUAGCGCUUUAUUUAACCAAAACUAGUGAGUUGUAACUGUUUUCAUGUGUUUCCAACAUACCCAGCAUGCCGCUGCGUCUCCUUUCCCUCUCCGUACUCCUCCUCCUUGUUGCCGCGGCAACCGUGGUGUGCGUCUCCAUGACAACGCCGCUCCAGAGUUUCCGGGGCUGCGCAGUGCGCGAGUUCUCCUUUGUGGCCCAGAAGCCAGGCUGUAAGGGGCUGCACAUCACCACGGAGGCCUGCUGGGGGCGCUGUCAUACCUGGGAGAGACCGAUAAUCGAGCCCCCGUACAUCCACCGACACCACCGCGUCUGCACCUACAGCCGCAUCCGACACAUGACGGCCCGGCUGCCGGGCUGCCUGCCCAACGUCUCCCCUCUCUACCACUACCCAAUGGCUCUGCAAUGCCACUGCACCUUCUGCUCCAUGGAGGACACAGAGUGUCAGACCUUCUGAUAGAUACCUGUUUUUAAUCAAUAAAAAGGAUUGCUGCUUAUGCACAGGAGCUGAAUAAAAUGAUUUUAAAAAACUGCA